UUUAUUGUGUUCAAAAUGUACAGUCUUUGGGCUUCCCAAUAUGCCUGCUCUUUUUUCUUUGUCCACUUUAUGGAGGAUACUCAAGAAUUGGAAGGCUGGGGUGGCUGAAAGGCAUUGAGGAUUGAAGAGGUCUUAUUCUGAGUGAGCAGCCUCAUUCGCAGCCAUUAGUAACAUUUGUAUUAGAAAGUUGCUUGUCAUUAAUGUAGUUUAAUUAUCUAAAGACUUUUAUGAUUUUAGUCAGAAUAUGUUUAAAAGUUGCAUUCUUAAUAACUGUACCUUUAUUUCAGAAAUGACCAUGAGGAAGUAGACACACAGAUGAAAAAGUGAUGAAGCACACCAUUUGUCACAAAGUAAGAUGCAGCCGUGGCUUUUCAACCAGAUUAGGGCAAAAUUGUAUCUGUUUUUCUCAGAAGAGAACUCCACAAGGUUAAGUCAGCAAACAAAGAAAACAUGGUAUUUUGAAGUAUGAUUCAACUCCUAAUGCUGCAACAGAGGCUAAGAAUAUUAAUGGCCAGAUCUAGUGCUCACAUGGUCUUCUGAAGAAGCCAUGGGUAGCUGCUGUAGCUGUCCAGAUAAAGACACUGUCCCAGAUAACCAUCGGAACAAGUUUAAGGUUAUUAAUGUGGAUGAUGAUGGCAAUGAGUUAGGCUCUGGCAUAAUGGAACUUACCGACACGGAACUGAUCUUAUAUACUCGCAAGCGGGACUCGGUCAAAUGGCACUACCUCUGCCUGCGACGCUAUGGCUAUGACUCCAAUCUUUUUUCUUUUGAAAGUGGUCGAAGGUGUCAAACUGGACAAGGAAUCUUUGCUUUUAAGUGUGCCCGUGCAGAAGAGUUGUUUAACAUGUUGCAAGAGAUUAUGCAAAAUAAUAGUAUAAAUGUGGUGGAAGAACCAGUUGUAGAAAGAAAUAAUCAUCAGACAGAGUUGGAAGUCCCCAGAACACCUCGAACACCUACAACGCCAGGAUUUGCCACUCAGAACUUACCGAACGGCUAUCCCCGGUACCCCUCGUUUGGAGAUGCUUCCUCCCAUCCUUCGAGCAGACAUCCUUCUGUGGGGAGUGCUCGCCUGCCCUCAGUGGGGGAAGAGUCCACACAUCCUCUGCUUGUGGCUGAGGAGCAAGUACAUACCUAUGUCAACACUACGGGUGUGCAAGAAGAGCGGAAAAACCGCACCAGUGUGCAUGUCCCAUUGGAGGCAAGAGUUUCCAAUGCUGAAAGCAACACGCCAAAAGAAGAGCCAAGUGGUAUUGAAGACAGGGACCCUCAGAUUCUUCUGGAACCCGAAGGAGUGAAGUUUGUUUUAGGACCAACACCUGUUCAAAAGCAGUUAAUGGAAAAAGAGAAACUGGAGCAACUUGGAAGAGAUCAAGUUAGUGGAAGUGGUGCGAAUAACACAGAAUGGGACACUGGCUAUGACAGUGAUGAACGGAGAGAUGCACCCUCUGUUAACAAACUGGUGUACGAAAAUAUAAAUGGGCUGUCUAUCCCUAGUGCCUCAGGGGUCAGGAGAGGUCGUCUGACAUCCACAAGUACCUCAGAUACCCAGAAUAUCAACAACUCAGCUCAGAGAAGAACUGCAUUAUUGAACUAUGAAAAUUUACCAUCUUUGCCUCCUGUUUGGGAAGCACGCAAGCUAAGUAGGGAUGAAGAUGACUGUUUAGGACCAAAGACCCCAUCUCUAAAUGGCUACCAUAAUAAUCUCGAUCCAAUGCAUAACUAUGUAAAUACAGAGAAUGUAACUGUGCCGGCAAGUGCUCACAAAAUAGAGUAUUCUAGGCGUCGGGACUGCACGCCAACAGUCUUUAACUUUGAUCUCAGACGCCCAAGUCUAGAACACCGGCAGCUCAAUUACAUACAGGUUGACUUGGAAGGUGGCAGUGACUCGGACAACCCUCAGACUCCAAAAACGCCCACCACCCCCCUGCCGCAAACCCCUACCAGGCGCACAGAGCUGUAUGCGGUCAUAGACAUCGAGAGAACUGCUGCUAUGUCAAAUUUGCAGAAAGCACUGCCUCGAGACGAUGGUACGUCCAGAAAAACCAGACAUAACAGUACUGAUCUGCCCAUGUGAGCCUGCAGAGCAUUGUGUUGUUUGCACCUUGGUGAAGUUUUUAAAAAUGAAGAUGCAAGUGCUUCAUUUUUGCUUCUAAACACUAACUCCUUUUAUAGACUGAUACAGAUUUUUUUUUCUGAAAUUUUCAUGUACAUCUUUAAAGGGAAUUAAUGUAGAGCAGGUACUCCUUAAAGAACACUUAAUGUCAUUAUUAAUUACUCAUUAUUGUACAGCAGCAUUCCCAUUUUCACAGUGCCUAUAUAAAUGAGAGUUGAGGUGAAUGAUAUGCUGGUUGAUUUUUUUUUUUUAUUCAUUAUUCUAGACUUACACAUGGCUUUCCUGUGUAAGCCAUGGUUGGCGUUGAAAAAUUUUUAUAAAGCCUCUUGAUAAUGUGCAUUGCUAACAGAUAACUCUAGGCUUUGGAAGUAAAACUUUAGAUUCACUGUUCACAGUGCGUGGCCUCUAACAUGUAACCUGAGGAGUCCCUGCAUUUCAGUCAAUAAAGGCAUUUUGCCUUGAGCCAGAACAUGUAAAGGAAUAGAUGUACCACCCCUCCUUUUCUGCCAGUCAGGCCCCUCGCCCUCAGUGUUACUACACAGAGUCUGUGUCCAUGAAUGUGAUUUGCUGUUGGUGUACUGAAAAGUGAGAAGGAGACGAGAUUUUGUUUACUCAUCUCAUGAUGUCAUUUACUGGCUGUGUCUAGACACCAUGUUCAGAAUUAGAGUAGGCUCAAGAACCAGUCUCAGGUCACUUCACCCAGAAGCAUUUGAAAAUCUGAACCACGGUACCUUGGCAGUUCUCUCCUAGAGCUUAGUGACAGCACAUUGUUUUCUAGAGGCAUUUGUGCCAUUGGAUUCCUAUGUAUCUUCAGUUUUUCCCUUGGUGUUUGGGAUGUCUUAUUUUGUUGCUUAAUGUCUUCUUCAGUUUAAAAAUGUUUGAGUUUGUAUAUAGUUUUGAAAUUGGAUUAUGUGUUCAUUGUUACUUAGUUUGCAUUUUUGUCAAAUUAUGGUUUUGAAGAUUCAUGUGGAAUUUAACUGUUAUUCUAUAACAGGGUUGCCUUUGUCCAGUAUUUAUUUAUAUGCUGUUUACUUUUUAAGUUGAUAAAAAAAAAUUGUCUCAGUUGAAAAUUUCACUUGUGUCCAUAGGUGAUCCUUUUAGCAGCUGAGAAAAAAUAAUAACUUUUAACAUACAAAGUUCCCCAAAGGUACUGUGUUCUCAGCAGGCACCCCCAGCACUUUAGCAAUGACUCCCCGGCCACACAGCUGGCUCCAGUUGUUCCCUGCUCCCUCCCGUGUUCCUCAGCUGUGCUGUCCUUUUACUUGCAGCUGGAUCUUUGGUUAUCCUUUGAAUUUGUGGAAUGUUAAUAUUGUUGCCAGCAUAGCAGAUACAGUAGAAAUUGUGUAGUCAUGAAAUUGCAUCAUAAUUUAGGAUUUAAAAUGAGCUGAAGUUUAUAUAAACUGAUGAGAUUCCAUAAGUGAAAAUUGUUGGAAAAUCAAGAGCAUUCCAGUUUCCCCACCACUAGAGAAUAUAAGAGAAGGUAGAAAGGUUAGAUAACCUUACAAAAUAUUUUUGUUUUGUCUAAAUAAUGAAGUAGUUUGAAAUUACGCUCUGGAUCUGCCAGUCAAAACUAAGGUUCACUAAGCAUGAAAAACAUGUAUCAUGGCAUUCAGCUUCUCCAACAAAUAACCUAAUCAGAGGGCAGUGAGUGAAUUGCCAGAAUGAUAGAGUUGGGCCACUGUAAAGAAAAUAAAUUAUAACAGGUGUCUUUAUUAUUUUCAGUGCCACUGGUUUUUGCACAUAACAAGAGUUUCUGGUUUUUAUUUUUUUUUUCCCCCCCGUGAACUUGGUGCUGACUAAAGUGUUCACUGUUCUCUUAAGAAGAGCAGUGAUAUAGGUAUGCAGUUUCCAUUUUUAAUAUAUUAUGCCAUGUAUCCUUUCCGCUAAGUAAAUUGCUAAUUGUGCCAAAUUUAUGUAAUGGUCUCUGUAACGUGGAGUAAGCAUCAUGAUAGAGCCGGUGUACUUGCUUCCUUUGAAGCAGGCCAUCAAAGCAGAACACUAUUCUCCAGAUGAAAGGGCUGAACUGUCUGUUCAUUCUAGGGAUCGAGCACUUCAGUCUUUCUUUCCCUCAUCCUAUUCAUCUUCUUUCCUCCAGGUUCUAACUAGUUUUUACAUUUAUAUAUAAAUAUAUAUACAUAUAUAUAUAUAUUUUAGGUAAUGCUAACAUAAUCAUUACAGUUUACGCUUUAAAUACAUUGUGCUUUAAAAAUGAAAAGUGGGACCAGUUUGUCUGCUAAGAAUUUGGUCUUAGGUACUCUUAAAAGAAAUUAGGAAGACUCAUAGAACUGGUGUUAAUUUCUGGAUGUUUUCUGGAAAUCACCUGUGAUCCUAUUUAAAUAAAAAGUCAUUUAGAAUUCAGCUUGUCCGUUGCAGUUGUAUAGUAAUGGGCAUUAACUGUGUCCUGGAAGAAUAUCCCUAUUCCUAGGUAUGUUACACAGUGAGAUGUCUUAUUGGCAUAUAAUUGUGGCCGUAUGUCUCAGGUUUUCUGAGACGGGUGUAAUUUAGUUAUUCAGUUCUCUUGAUAGACCAUGUUAUCUCACUUUUAGAUUUUAGAAAUACACUUGUUCACAUAUUUUUCCCCAAAGAUAAUCCUCUCAUAUCCACAUAGAGCGUAACAAUGUUUAUCCAAGGCCAAGGUUGGAAACUGGUAUGGUUUUUCAUAGUGUCUUUUGCUUCCCGGUGUCAUCUUCCCUUAAAACUGAAAAUAUGGUGCCUUCCCUAGCUCCAGGAAGAUUGGCAAAUGGUUCCUUUUAUUUUCUGCUGCUGUGGAGUGAUGAGAUAUGCACUUUACUCUUGAAGACUCAGCAAAAAGCUUUUCACUUCCCGGCAUAUCCAGAAGAGAUCACAUUUGGGACUGAUGAAAAUUUGCCAAGCGAUCUUUACUUUUGUAGAUACUAAUGUCAACCCCUCCUGCCCAGUUUAAUGUUAGAAAAAUAAAUCAAGCUGGUAUUUGUUUCAUUUUCCAUCCUCCCCAUUCCCCACCAAAAUCUGUGGCACAGCAUAUAAAGAUGUACCUCAGUAAUGUUCUAUUACAAAUGGGACAGGGGCCUUAUGUUUUCAGUUUCCCAACAAUGUGCCGCCAUAGAUCUGUCUUAAGGUAAAGGUUUUAGCAAGCUGAAAAGUACUUUCCCAUUGCUUCUCUGCUUUUCCUAACCCUUAAUACCCAAAUAUUUUGUGCAAUGUGUAGUAUUUGUUUGUAAAUAUAUAUAUUCUCAAAAUAGAGAUACCAUCAGAGACAUGACUCAGAAGUAACUGAUGUAUUGCCAUUCCAUUCAUAUUUGUGAGGUAUAAGGUACUAAUGAACUUUUCCUUGAUGUUUGCCAAAUUUGAAUAAAGGCAUUGGUACGAAAUGAUAGAAUGUAUAGGAAAUGUUUUGGCUUGAAAACUUAACAAAUAUUUUAGAACAUCCCACAGUAUAUUCUGCCCAAACAGCACCCUGUCCAUCUACCCUGCUUUGUACACACCUAUUGCCCUAUUGCCUCAGUUUUUGGGAAUUAUAAUAAUUUUUUGGUAGCAUUGAAGUGAUUGCAACUCUAUAAUAAUUGGACAAUAAAUAGCAUGGAAACAGGCUGUUAUUGAUAGUACAGUAGACACCAGUGUGCCACAUUUGCAUUAGUAAAUGCAAACUAUACAUUUUUAUAAAGGAAAAACUUUGUGUUAUGUUUUUAUUUCCAUUGCAUUGUAUAAUAUUGUAAGAUUCUUGUAUGUCCUAAUUUGCAUUAUAAAUGUUUCUUUCCUACGUAAAGGCAUAAAUAUAGCAACUUUGUAUAAAGGUAGCUUAUUAGAUUUUAAUUUUCUCUUUUAUAAAAAUUGUCUAACAGUGGAACUACCAUUGCCAAAUUGUAUAUGAAAUAUGAAUUUUACCCCAUAGUUAAUUUCUUUUAUAAACAUUCCAUAUUUCUCUAAUAAGUGAUACUGUACUAUGCAUAAAUUGUAUUUUAAUGCUGUUUAAUAUCAGCAUUUUAAAUUUUGGUUUGCAUUUUUGGGUACUGGCAAAACUUAACCACUGUUAAUUAAAACAAAACCUUAUUGUAUAUGUAACAGCAUCGUUUUCUUUCUGUCCCUCCCCGCCCUUUGUUUUCUAUUUCUCCCUAUCAGUGCCAACUUCAUACAUUUUGUAGCAUGGCAAUAAAUAACGACUUUUACACAGAGGCCGAGUGUGGUGUUGUGGAGGAAGUGGGGAUGGGAAGAUUACUCUAGCUGUCCUUUGAGUACAACUCUUUUUGCCAUAUAAGCCAUGUUAUCAGGCAUGAGAAGUUAUCUCAUACAUGUUGAAAAUGUGCUUUGAAGGACAAGUGUGAAUGUGCUUUAAAGCUUAAUUUUUGUCAUAACAAGUAAGAACUGAUUUUUUUUUAUAUUUGGAAAAGUCAGAGUUCUUGAAGUACAAUCAAGCCUUUAUUAACUGGAGUACUCAACGAAUAAGCUAAUAAUUGAAUUUUGUUCAACAAGGGCUAAGCAACACGUUUUUUAAAAUCCUUAUUUAUUGUAGAGUAUUAGCAUACUUUACUGUCCUCAAAAUUAUAAUAUGUAAAAUGCAGUUUAAUCAUUGAUGAUUCAGCAUUGUGCAAUGCCUUACUGUUGUCAUUCAGACCUAGAUAUCCGUGAUGAGGUACUCAAGUUGAUACUGGAAGCUGACUAUACACUGACCUGAAGCAUUCAUGAAAAACUGCUCUGUUGAAUAAAAUCUUACCCGAAUUUUUCUUAUGGUCACUUUCCUCGUAUUGCCAAAAGUAGAUUGCAAUAAAACCUCAAUAAAAGUUCUUU